AUGACUUCGUCCCGAAAAGAUACAAACACUACCAAUUUUCGUGGAAGGCUUGGGUAUGCAUGCCUUAAUGUUUUUCUCAGGAAACAAAAACCAUCAAUAUUUUGUGCGAGGACAUGCAGGAUUGAAACCAUUAAAGAAAAAGGGAUGGGAUAUGUCCGUGAACUCGGACUUCAGAAUAUCAGAGAUUUACUUGAAUUGGUCAAAUUUAAUGAAAAACACAAUAUUAAAUUUAUGCGUGUCUCUUCUCAAAUGUUUCCAUUUGCCAGUUCAAUUGAAUAUGGUUAUUCUCUUGAGUUCGCAGAAAAAGAACUAAGACAAGUUGGUGAAUUUGCUGCCAAACAUGGACAUCGAUUGACAACACACCCGGGACAAUUUAAUCAACUCGGUUCGCCUACUCGAGUCAUAGUUGAGAAAACCAUUAGAGAUCUCGAUUACCAUGCGGAAAUGCUUGAUCUCAUGGGUUUACCACCCGACUCGAUUAUGAUAAUCCAUAUGGGAGGCACAUAUGGGAAUAAAGAGGAAACUAUGGAAAGAUUUGAGAUGAAUUAUUUGGCUUUGUCACCUAGAAUUAAGAAUCGAUUAGUUCUAGAAAACGAUGAAUUGUCUUAUUGUGUUCAAGAUCUUUUGCCAUUAUGUCAGAAAUUGAGUAUUCCCCUCGUUUUGGAUUGGCAUCAUCAUAAAUUGCAUCCCGGAACUCUGUCCCUUGAAGAUUUACUUGCCAUAAUACCCGAGGUCAAUAAAACUUGGACUGAUCGUGGGCUCAAACCUAAACAACAUUACUCUGAAAGUCGCCGAGGUGCUAAUUCGAAAUUAGAGAAGAGGGCCCAUUUCGACAGAGUGGUUCAACUCCCGCCUUGCGAUCCAGAUAUGGAUCUGAUGAUUGAAGCAAAAGACAAAGAACAAGCGGUAUUUCAACUAUAUCAAAAGUAUAACCUAUUCGAAGUAGACAAUUCGGUUUUAGUACCACCUGAUGAGGUUGAAUCAACGCGAACUAAGGGUCGUAAAAGCAAUAAACGGAAAGUGAUCGAGGUAGAAGCAGAAGUAAGUGACGAUGAAGAGUCUCAAGAUGCGCUCGUAGAGGAAAUCGUAAAAAAUACACGUAAGCGUGGUAAUAAUGGAAGCAGAAAGCGCAAAAAGGACGAGGAAAUUGUCGUUAAUUUAAAUAUCGACAAUAAAUCAUCGAAAAAUCAACACAAAAAAGAUGUUUCGAAUCGUGAAGAGAAGAUCAACCAGUCUGAUACAACAUUCAUUACUGAUCUUGCUUAUCCAUCAAACGAAGAUACCACUAUAUUACAAAAGGAAUCAUCAAAUGAUACGAUUGCAAACAGAACAAGAAGAAAAACCAAAUUAUUAAAUACUGGUUUAUAA